UUCUCAAUAUCCUCUAUUUGUGACUUCAAUCGAACUCCAUUGGAGACACGUAAUUGGAGAUAACAGCACAGUGCCAACAAACAAAUCUGUGAUAUUUACAAGUGUUUGACAGGUCAUGGGCAAACCAGAUAAAUGGGACAAGAAAUGAUGUUAAGAUGGAUUCGUUCUGAGUAUUCCAUGCAACAAAAAUCGCUGUGUCUCUGGAUGGAUUGCUUUGCAGUGCUUCAGUAAUUAGGUUUCUGACAGGCAAACACCCCUAAUGACAGCAAUGGAUCCCAGUACUGAAAUUCGUAAAUUGAGGCCAACCGAACUCUACACACUUGCCAGGAUUUUAAGUAUUUCAGAUUCAUGGAAAGACUUGAUGGCAGUUGUACCAAAGGAAGGAACUGAGAAUGUACCUAAAUUCAGUUCUGAACACUUUAUAUUCAUUGAAAAUGCCAGCUCCCAACAACGAAAGUCAGCAGCAGAAAUAUUCUUGGAAGAAUGGAGUACGAUGGGUAAACAAAGACCAACUUUACGAUCAAUUAUAGAACUUCUUGUGAAAGCUGAGUUAUUCAGAGCUGCUGAUUACAUUGCAGUUGAUUUGCUCAAAGGAUCACCUCCAGAAAGACCAAAAUGUGGUCCGGCAGCCCCAAUUGACAUAUCAGAAGAAGAGUUGAAAAAAUUAAUGGACCAAAACAAUCCUGAGUUAGGGUUUCCUACAUGUCCUUUAGAUUCUAUGGCAUCUUUGGAUAAUGUUUUGGACGAAAUGGCUUAUCCGUCUCACCUCUCAGAUGAAAGUCUGAUCAAUCAGCCGAUAAUGCUUCAACAAGUACAGCAACAAUUGCUUGAAACUAAUUUACAAAAUCUCCAAUUGGGUUGCAGUCAAGAAACCUACAAUCAAAGACUGGAACAGAGUAACCAAAACCCUUCCAAUUCCAAUUUAAUACAGUUUAGCAAAAGUGUAUCAGAGGACUGUGCAAACAACGAGCCAAGUAAUUGUCAACGUAGCAAUUCUAAUUUAAUGAUAUUCAGUAGUGGUAGUGUUCAAGGCACAACUAACAUAGACCAAGUCAUUUCAUCAAGACCAAAUUCUUCCCAAAUCAACGUUGUCCACAAUACCCAUAACAACGUUUUUCUAAAUAAGAAAAUUCCUUCAACUACCAAUAGCUCCCCAAACUACCAGGACGAGUAUAGCUCCAAUAUAGAACACAACAUAAAUGCUACUUCUGAAGAAAAUAAUUGCAAUGAAUUGGAACUUCAAACCAGUGAAUUGCCGGCAUUUGUCGCAGAUAUUGGUAGAGGAUCGACAUCUUUUGAUAGCGAGUUGAAAUCAAGUGAAUUACCACAAUUUGUAGUUGAAAUCGCUCAUCAGCGAUCAAGGCUAUCAGCUGGGUCAGAACGGCUUACUGAACCAAUUUCGUCAAAUGACUUCACCUCGUCAGGUACAUCGUCGAACUACUCUAUUAAUACGACUGAGUUGAUUAAUACCGACACCAACAUACCAAUUUGUGUUAAUGCUUUUGCACAAAGUUUUGACAAUACUGAAUUAGUUUCUGCGGAGCUGCCACAGUUUGUAGCCGACUUAGGACAUGCAACAAAUCACGUUACAACCCUAGAUGUUCAACUUAGUAAUUCGAAAUCAAAUCGAUAUCCAGAGGAAUAUUCCAGUAGUGUUGUUGGCGUAAUUACCACAACUACUGAUCAAUAUUCACAAUUGAAUUCCCAAGAAUUACCACUGGUUGUUUCAGAAUGUAAUAAAAUGCAUAGCCAGUUGGAAAAAAGUCAAAGAGAAUUGGUGUCUGCAGAAUUGCCUCAGUGCGUUACAGAGUUAUAAAAUAUUGCUGGAAAGCUUGGUUUGCAAGCUAAUUGAGAUCAAACUUUGGAAAAACCUCCAACAAAAAUAGCUCUAAGUCCUGGGGAACUGACCAUUCCUUUCUAAAGUAGUCUCAUCGAAAGUUUAUAACAUUGUUAUCUUAGUUAUUAAAUUAUACAAAUAUUUAUAUAUAAACUCUUGAAAAUAAAUAAUACAUAUUUUAUAAUCUUAUAAA